AAAUGAACUUUUGACCAUCUUCAAAGAGGCGGGCAUCGUUUUGUACAUUUCAAGGUUACUUUUGCACUUCUGGGUGGGUAUUUUUUAUAAUAGGUCCUAACUUAACUAAAGAAUGAGGGCUAGGCGUCAUAAUAAAUAAAUACAAAUAAUGAAUUUCAAAUAAUAAAAAUCUUACUAGACUAAACUAACUUAAAUUACGUAACUAACUAAUUUUAAUACCUUAAUUAUAAUAAGUACCCACUAUACUACUACUAAGUUCAGACUAAGCUCCACUGAACUAACACAAGUCAACUGACUAGACUUAGACUGUAGGGUGACCAAACGCCUAAAUGAAAAUUGAAAAUGUCCUGUUUCUAAAAAACCAAACACAUUUCAAAUCACUAAAAUUUCCUAAUUUAUAAUAUAACUUCAAGUAAUGUAUGUAUGAAUAAAUAAGUAUUCUCUAUUCACUGCAAAAUAAUCGGUUUCGUUUAUGAUAUGCCUCAGACUCAGAGUUUAAAUAAAAUUACAAAAGUGAAGGUAAUUUAAAAAGAUUUCUAAUUUCUAAGUCUCAAAAUAGUUAAAAAUAUGAGCAUUUUUCAAUAAACAGUUUCUGAUGGAGGGUAUCCCCCCAAGCCCUCCUUGGGUGUGUUCCGUUUUUUCCAGUUCAUGAUUUGGUCACCCUAGACUAGACUAUGGCACUAUCGAUAAAUAACUUAAUACUUGACUUAAUAAGAGGCUAAUAAUUUAAAAAAACAUGAUAUAAAUAACAAAACAUAAAUCUUGAAUAACCAGCAGUGGUCACUGUUGAACUGUAGGUAAUCUACCUCAUUCAUAAUUUCAUCGUGGGUUCUUAAAAAUAGUUUUGUUAAAAUAGAAAAUUUUAAAAUAAAAAUAGCUGAUCUUUCUUUUAUGUAUCAUGUAUGCAUAAGCCGUCUUAUCUGUCUGAUACAAGUGAGCAUAUUAAGUGAUCGCACGUCUGUCUGGUGCUUGAACGAGAAAACAAUGCCAACUCUCUCUUUCUAUGUCUUUCUCCACUAUCUCAGACUAUCUGCUGUGGUAUUUGAAUUAUUUCUUAUACAUAUUUUUUUUUCGUUUCUCGGAUGAUGGAAUUGGCUCUUGAUAACAUUCAAUUGUAAAAGUAAUUUAUUAUCAUAUUCAUAUGAUUUAAAUCAAUGAACAAAUUACAAAAAAUUACUUUGUAAUAGCUCAGGCUCAGUAUUUAAUUAAUUAAUUUAGUAAAAAUAGGCUAUAAUAUUGACUUUUUAUUUUGUUAGGGAUAAGUUUAUUAGACAGUUAGAAUUUUUAAACAGAAUUAGUACAGAUGAGAUAUAUGAUAUUGAUAAAUAUAUAGAUUAGAUUGAAAUGUUUGAAAUAAUAGAGAUUUACGUUUAAGAUAAGGUGCUAAGUACCAUUAUAUGGUUUUGCAAAUUUAAUUUGGUUUAAAAUCGGCUUGUUAGACUGUUAGAUAACAAUGCAUAAAAAAGGACUGAAAACCAGUAUAUAAAGAAAAAGAUUCAAAAGCUAAUAAUAUUAACAAUAUUCAAUUUAAUUAUAGUAUGAGGUUUAUAGAGACAAAGUCAGAAAAAUCUAAUUUUCGGAAAACUGAUCCAAUGACCUGUAAUUCAUAUUUCAUUUAUGUGCUAAAUACAUAAAAUUGUUAAAAUUUCAAUUUAAUUCUGUGUCUGAUCUAUCAUUCUAUCUGUUGAAAUAUAGGGCUUUACCUUAUAUUUAUCUAGAUGGAGAGGAAAAUAACCAAAUCUAAAAUCCAAAGUUAUUUCUUUAAUAUUUAGGUUGGUACAAAACUGACAAAGCAAUAAAAAAAUAAAUACAUAUGGAAUUUAUGUUGCAUUUUUUAAAAUUAAAAAUGAAUUCAUUUUAAAUUAAUUGAUUAAAAUUUCUCUCUUUCACCAGGUUAAUUCAUAUCAAAAAAGCAUAAAGAUAAGAUCUUGUCUUCUUUAUUCUGAUGAUUUUUAAGUUUCUAUGGUCAAGAAAGUUUGGCACAUUAACACAAAAAAAUAUUCCUGGAAAUAUAAUGCGUGUGCUGAAUGUUGCAGAAAAAAAUGAUGCAGCUAAAUCACUGGCUAAUGUUAUGUCUCAAGGACGCAGUCGAAUGGUAAAUUCUGAAAUAUUUUCUAAAUUGUUUUUUUUUUGUGAAGAUUUUUUAUUUUAAAAAUUAAUGUUGUCAAGGUAGUAUGCCUAAUCAAAAUCCUGUCGUUAAUAGAACUUAUAACAAAAUUAUUCUACAGCGUGAAGGGUUUUCAAAGUUCAACAAAAUUUAUGAAUUUGACUAUAGACUGAUGAACCAAGAAGUUAAAAUGGUUAUGACAUCAGUUUCUGGACACCUCUUAGGUUUAGAGUUCACUGGCAGUUUCAAGAAAUGGUAAAAUGAUAUUUCAAAUUUUUAGAUACUUAUAUUUAUUUUUUUAUACACGCUAUAUCUAUCUAGAUAAUAGUGGGAUCACUAUCUCAACAGGAAAAUGUAUUUAUAAUAAUAAUAGUUUUUUUGUUUUUUUUAAUAAUCGUACUAAUUCAAUCAAAUGUGUACAUAAAUUCAAUUACCACUAAAUUCAUCAAAUAUCUUAACCAAGCCAUGUAUUAAAUUACAUUGUGAAAGGGAUUCAAAGUAAAUCAUUUUAAAAAUGAUUUUUAUUAUUUCUAGAGGUAUGUCUCAUACUUAAUGUAACAAAAAAAAAAAUUUAACUUUUUAUUUAAAAUAUAGCAAAACAUUUUUCUACAUUAAUUUUUUUUUUUUUUUAUGUGUAGGAAUGCCUGCAAUCCUGUUGACUUAUUCAGUGUACCAGUUGAAAAAUAUUGCCCACCCAAUUAUAUGGAUAUCAAGGUAUAGCUUUUCUGCAUAUUGUUAGUUUUUACAUGCUGGUCGUGUAAUGUAUACCAAAUUACUUUUAUUAUAAAAAAAAUUUGAACUUAUUCUCAGAAAACUCUGGAACGAGAGAUCAAGAAUUGUCAGUCUUUGGUGAUAUGGACAGAUUGUGACAGAGAAGGGGAAAAUAUAGGCUUUGAAAUCAUCGAAGUUUGUCAAGCAGGUAUACUUAAUCAAUUAAUGUUGAAGAUUCAUUUUAUCUUAAAAAGCAGAGUUUUUUUUGUGUUGAUAUUUGUAUACCAGUACUGUUCUUUUAUAUCAGUCGUCACCAACCUAUUUUCUAAAGUAAAAGAAAAAAAAAAAAAAAAGAAGAAGCUAUUAUUCUAUUAAAUGGAAACUAAAUCAUUUAUUGUGAGAUUCAAAAUUCAUUUUGAUUAGCGGGCUGCAUACAUUUUUAAAAGCAGAGUUUUUUUUUUUUUGAUAUUUGUAUACCAGUACUGUUCUUUUAUAUAAGUCGUCACCAACCUAUUUUCUAAAGUAAAAGAAAAAAAAAAAAAAAGAAGAAGCUAUUAUUCUAUUAAAUGGAAACUAAAUCAUUUAUUGUGAGAUUCAAAAUUCAUUUUGAUUAGCGGGCUGCAUACAUUUUGGCUGAAUUUUAUAACUUAAUGCAUCUUUGCUUUUAUAAUCAUAUCAACAUUUUGGGAUCUUGACUUAAUAAAUCCAUGGUAGAGAAUCUUGAUACAAACCAACCAAAAAAAAAAAAAAAUUGUUAAAAUCCCAGUUUUAAAGUUUGAUCUUCCUGUAACAUCUAAACAGAUUCACUAAAUUCUGUAACCAAGCCUGUUAACUCUUACGAUUUUGACCCACAAUGUACGAUUUUGAGAUGUCUUGUUUACCAUUUGUAAUGCCAAGACCUGUCAGAACUACACUGUAAAGAAACAGGGUUGAAAAUAUAUUAAUUCCAGUAGUUUUUCUGAUUAAAAAAAUAAGAAAGUACAUUGUGGGCGUUAGUUUUAGCUCCUUUCUACAUCCAACAGUGAAUGGAUCAAGAAAUGUGAUAAAUUGGGGUCCAUGUAUAAGUAUAUUAUGUUUGUCCUGAAAAGGGAAGAUGUUGCUUUAGGAGAUCUUGUUGGGGGGGGGGGGGGGGGGUGUUUGAUAAAUAUUUAAGUCUAUAACAAUAACACUUCCACAUAUUCUUAAUGAUGGUGAUGAUGAGGAUAUUUUUGCUUUCUGUUUGCUUAAUGAAUUCACUAGACAUGGCAACAGUUAUAUUAGCGUAGUCGCCCUAGUGACAGUUUUAGUCUUUGCUUUUGUUUGCUUCUGUGCUGUACGACUUAAUUUUAUGAAAUAGCGAUUUCGUUCAGCUGAACUGCGGUGAGGUGCAAAAACUGAAAACAUUUGAAAAUGAGAUCUGCUCUGCACACUAGAUUUUGAGAUUUAUAGGAUCUGAGAGCGCCUUUGAAAUGUAUUUUUAGAAUGCACAAAACAGUUGUACAAUUUUUAAUAGCCCUAUUUACAGCUUGUGGUAGUUAUCAGACUAUAUUAUAUAAAUGAGAAAUAGGCUUAAUGGAUAUUGAUUGAUUUUUUUUUUUCUCUAAAAAAUAAAUCUCAAGUUACUUGGUAGGCUUUGUAAAUGACGUCUUCAUCUGUUAAUUAAUUCUUAUUUCAAUGCAUUUUAUUUUAUACUGAACUGACUUCUAGGUUUGAACGUCAUUAAAUUCACUAGUAACUUAAUUUUUACCUGUGACAGACUGUGAUAAUGUGAUCUGCAAGUUCACCCAAAUAUUAAUUGAUAUUUAUAUUGUUACACGUCUGCAAAACAAAGUGAAAGCAGAUUGCAAUAUAAAUGUCAGCCAUCUACUGUAGGAAGUUACUUUCUUUCUUUUUUUUUUUUUGCGUCAGAUUAACUCGAUCCCACUGUAACCGGAUUUGAGUAGUUAUUGUAUACAUUAUAUAUUCUGUAUGUUUAUUUAUUUUCAAAUAUUAAUUGAUAUUUAUAUUGUUACACGUCUGCAAAACAAAGUGAAAGCAGAUUGCAAUAUAAAUGUCAGCCAUCUACUGUAGGAAGUUACUUUCUUUCUUUUUUUUUUUUUUUGCGUCAGAUUAACUCGAUCCCACUGUAACCGGAUUUGAGUAGUUAUUGUAUACAUUAUAUAUACUGUAUGUUUAUUUAUUUACUAAGAUGAUACUGUAUUGUACGAUUUUGAGACAAUAUUGUACUAUUUUAGGAGUUUGAUGGUAAUCAGACCUGUGUAACUAAAUGAAGAAAGACGCAGCAUUAAAAAAUAUUUGAGACUGUGUAAGGCUAGGCCCAAAGUUGUCCACAGACUAAAGAGAGACUGAAUUUUUUUAGUGCAAAACUUUGAUUGCCUGAUUCAAAUUUUGCAGAUUUUCAAUGUGGUAUUUUAUUUUAUUUUCAAAUUUAUCCCCUCAGUACUCAAUUUGCUGAGUGGCAUCGCGGUUGCCUACUCCGGUUUUAUGUGACAAUUACUACUGCUAUAAAUAAUCAAUUACUGCUUUAUUUGUCUAUUAAAAUCAUUUGAUUAGUUGAUGGGGGUAUCCAAAGACUUCUAACAAAUUUAAGCUGUAAUUAACUAUUGAAUACUAAAGUUUAUUUUGUUUUCAGUGAAACCAAACAUUAAAGUGUACAGAGCCAAAUUUUCUGAGAUUACACCACAGUAAGAUCUUCUUUAGAUCUGUUAAUAUUAGAUUUAGAUUAUCAUAUUUUAUUUAAGAAUCUUUUUGUUUUUUUAACCAAUUUUGGAGAUUAAACCUGAUAUAAUGAUCGCAAUAAUGCCAACAUACCAAAUGAUUAUGUCAACCCAUCUAUUAAGGGUCAAUGUUGUAUUAGUAUUAAUAGCUAAAUUAAAUUUUUUUAAGAGUCCUGGUUUUUUGUUGUUUUUUUUUGUUUAUACGUUUGAUGUAUGAAAAUUCACGUGAUUAAUAAUCACAGCUAUAUUUUAAAAUUGUCAGUUCUACUUAAUCUCCAGUUUAACAUUUUUUUGAUCAGUUAAUAGCCAGGGAUCUUCCUCUUUUGUUUGAAUUCUAGGGCAGUGACAAGGGCUGUGAACAACCUUGUAGCUCCUGAUGUCAGAAUCAAUGAUGCAGUAAAUGUGCGCCAAGAAUUGGAUCUUCGAAUAGGUCAGUAAAAAAUGCACUGAAUGUUAAACGCCUGCUUCAAAAAAUUUUAAAGAGGCCAUAUAUCAAGUUAAAGUAUUUGUGAUUGUUUAGUUACAUGUUUUUGAGUUGAACUGGGAAUUUUAAGGAUCAUUUCUGAAAAAUAAAUAUAUCUUUUUUCAAUUUUGAGCUGAUCUGGGCGCUAGGCAUCAUUAAAUGGAGUUUCAGAAUAUUCUGUCAACAAAGGUCAAGGUCACGGUGUCACUUUAUAUACAGCCUUAAGGGAAAUUUUAUGAAUUCCCUCCUGCUAAAUUUUAAAAAUGGAAUUUAAAUAAAUGUAAAUGAAUGUAAUCAGAAUUCUAAGCAAACAUAUACUUAAUUAUUCAGACUAAAAAGUAUCAUCCAAGAUGACCAAAUAUUUUUUAAUCAAACCGUCUUACUGCCUUCAACUGGAAGGUGCUCAUCGUAAUAAACCACGAAAGGUGACCAUGAAUCCCUUUAAAAGCAUUAUUCUCAAUGGGUUUGGUAAAAAGCUUAUAGAGCACACCACCGGUUAUUUUUAAAAAAAUAUAAUGCGUCCAAUUAGCUUAACAUUUGGCAAGAUGAAAAUGAAGACCCAUGAUGUAUUCCAAGUGCAAUCUUCAUGUAACAUGAUAGGGUAAUUGAGUCUCAACUGUUGAUAGAUUUUGUUGCAUACAUGAUACAUGGAGAAGUUGAAAUAUACUUUUCAUGGUGACAUUACCACUUGGGGUAAGGUCAAUGUUAAAUGCUGUUGUAAUUCAGCUAUGAGCUUAAAAUUUCUGUCACAGUUUUUUUAAUUUCAAAUUUAGGAGCUGCAUUUACCAGGUUCCAAACUCUGCGGUUGCAGAAAAUAUUUCCUGAAGCUCUGGCCGAACAGCUGGUUAGUUAUGGCAGUUGUCAGUUUCCUACAUUGGGUUUUGUGGUAGAAAGGUACAAGCAAGUGCAAGCUUUUGUACCUGAGCCAUUUUGGAAAUUAAAAGGUAACCAGUUCUUUGAUCAAAGUUUGAUACAAUUCAAAUUUAGUAUCCAAGGUAUUGAAUUAAAAAAAACAUUUUAAACCAAUACAUGUGAAUUGUCUCUAGCCAGCUUUUCUUCCCUUUCAGUAACUCACCUGCAUGAUGAUGUUAAAGCAGAAUUUUGUUGGAAAAGGUAGGAUAUUCAAAGUUUUAAGUGCUAAACCAUUGUCAUGGUUUAUUUAGGGCUGGUAUUAUUUCUCUAUGACCGACACAAAUAAGUGUAUAAUUGUCACUAAUAUUUUUAUGCAACAAUUCCACGCUUGAAACCCUUAAAUUAGUGACACUCCUAAUGCACUUUAUGCCCACACACAGGUUUAGCUUGGUAAGUAAUUAAAGUAGAGAAAAAAAAAGAAUCACAUGAACUCUGAAGUUGGAGGAUAGGAUAUCUAAAGAUUUUUUAUAGCUGAUUAUCGCCUUUAAGAAAAUAAGCUUUUUAUAGAGUAACAAACCAUUAAGUUGAUUAUUUGAUUUACUACUUACCCUAUUUAUGAUAUACCUUCAAAAUAUCUUCUUAAACAUUUUUACUUGUGCCUACAGGAACCGCCUUUUUGACUUCGUGGCAUGUCAAGUGCUUUAUGAUUUGUGCUUAGGGGUAAUUUACAGUUAAAUUAACUUUCUGUUGAAUUUUUUUUUAAUGAAUUAGAAAGAUUCUUAAUGAUUCAACACAAAUUAUUUGUUCAAUUAAUGUCAAUAAAGAAAAUCUCUACCCCUGUUUGGUUGUUUUAUUAGUCCUCAAAUUUAAAGAUGUAUCACAUUAUUUCUUAUUUAAAAAUUUCAGAGUCCAUUAGCUACGGUAGUUGAUGUGAAAAGUAAAAGCAAAAAUAAAUGGAGACCUCAAGCUCUAGAUACUGUGGUGCGUAAAUAAAUUAUUAUGUACCGCCUAUUCUUCAUGCCGUUUUCAUGUGCAUAUCUAUGGGGUAGGUGUUUAGGAGCUGGAGCUGUCUGUGGUUUCAGAUUUCUCCACUUGCCUGGCCUGUGCACAGUUCCAAUUAUAUUUGCUUUUUACUUUACCAUUAUCGCUGUUGCAGGUGCAUAUUUAUGGGAUAGGGUUGCUAACUCCAUAUCCAUCCUUCCUCUUUUGUAUACAUAAGACACAAUUAAUUUGUGUAAAAAUACAAUAUAGGUUAAGCUUUGAUAAUGACUACACAGAAUACAAAUGCAAACGUUUCAGCAAAUGUCUUCAUCAGUAAAACAAAAAAAGCAUUCAUGAAUUAUAUAUAUAUAUAUAUCUUACAUAAAAGAUUUAGAAUGGGCACAAGUCCGUAACAAAAACAAAGCUCAGAAAAACGGAAAGGAAAUUAAAAAACCAAACAGGAUAAAAGGCACUGCAGCUAUGUAAAGAUCAACCUGUAUUGUAUUUUGUACACCAAUUGUUUGUGUCUCAUUAAUCUACUUGAAAGCUUUAUCGCAGUCCAACACUCUUUCUUCUUUGAACCUGAUUUGGAACAACCUGUGAUGGAUUAUUAACGUAUAAAAAUGUGCUAAAUGAGGUUACCUUAAAAUGCAUAUUUUCUAAAUUAAUUUUCAAUGCUUAAAAUAAAACCUAAAGAUUACUUUAGAAUUUCCUGUUUACAAAAUGACUCAAAUAGACCAAAAGUAUCACUUGUCUUGCUGAAAGUUGCUGCAGUAGAAACAAUAAUUUACAUCAUUAAGUCCCUCCCAUUUCAAACUGUAAAUGUCGAGUAUGAGACGCCUUUAUUUCUUUGACCAGGAACUAGAAAAGCUGGGCUCAAGGAAACUGAAAAUAAAUGCUAAAGAAACCAUGAAAAUUGCUGAAAAACUCUACACUCAAGGAUUUAUAAGCUACCCUCGAACUGAAACAAAUAUGUUCCCAAAGGACAUGGAUUUGGUCAGUCUGGUCGAAGAGCAAACUAGAGAUCCAGACUGGGGAGGUAAUGAAAUUGUAUUGCUCUCUUUAGCAACACGUACGUACAGGGGAUACGUUAUAUAUCAAUGGCUUUGUUAACAUAUUUGUUUUUCCACGCCAAUAAUUAAAUUUUUCUCUUAUACGCAAUGAACUCUUGCUAAUUACUUCUUUCACAACAAAAUUCAAUUAGCCUUUGCACAACAAGUUCUGAACAAUGGGCCGAACCCAAGAAAUGGGAAUAAAACUGAUCAAGCUCACCCACCUAUACACCCUUUGAAAUAUACAGAUAAUUUACAGGUGUGUAAAUACAUAUUAGCAUUUAAAUAAAAAUUGAGAAUGUCCCUGAAGAUUUUUAGUGUACAAUGUUAUCUUUAAAAAUAUAAAUUAUGCAUGCAUUUAUUUAUUUUUUAAUAAAAAUUUUAAUCUUUAUAUUGUUGUAAUUUCAUCUUUUGAUGACCCAUAAACAUUGUGCCGUUUGCUCUGUUAUUUUAAAGAUAGUUUUAUCAUAUCUUUUUGUUAAGGGAAAUGAAAGGAAAAUUUAUGAGUAUAUUGUACGUCACUUUUUGGCCUGCCUUUCUCAAGAUGCUCAAGGUCAUGAGACAGUAGUGGACAUCGAUAUAGCAGGAGAGUCUGUAAGUAAUCUUUUGAUCUCAAAACAUGAAAAAAAUAAUUGCUCUCAAAUGAAUUUAUGUAGAAGAAGAAAAAAAGGAGUCUCAAUCUAUGAAUUUUAGAGACUUUUAAUAUUUCAUUUUGCAAUUAAAAGCUUCAACUUAAGAUGUACUCAUUUUUAAUAAUUUUUUCACCUUCAAGUUUUCAGCACAAGGUUUAAUGAUCUUGGCAAGGAAUUACCUUGAAGUCUACCCAUAUGAGAAAUGGAAUGCCAAAGUUAGUAGAAACAGCUUUCUACAUAUAACAGCAUAAACAGCAACAUAUUUUGUUUGUUUCAAUUAUCUUUGUUUCAGUAAAAACCUUUUUUGUGACUUUGAUAAUUUAUUUAAUUUAUAACUCCAUAAAGUCUGUUCCCAAUCUAGAUAAAUUUACAUUUAUUAUCCAAAUUAAAAAUAUAUCUAAGUAACUUUUCUCUUAGUUAUUCACUAGGGAUAAUGCAGGUUGUCGUCUUUUGCUAAUAAAUUCAUUUGUAUUUAUUUUCUUUAUUUGCUAUAAAUGGUACUUUGCUUUAUUAGAGGAAAGUGACUUUAAUAAUUUCAUUUCUGAGUAGAUUAUAAAUAUAUUUUUUGAUUAACUUUAAGACAUUUCAUUUAUUAAUCAACAGGUAAUUCCAUUAUACAGACAAGGAGAUCAGUUUGAGCCUAAUUCUAUUGAGGUAGGUAAACAUAAGAAUUACAUUCUAAACAUGGUAUAUACUCAUUUAUAAGCUAUUUUGUUCAUAAGUCAACCCCCUUAGUGUUGGCCUGGGGAAGCCUGAAAAGUGCGUGACCCGCUCAUAAGGAGCCAUUGGAUGCUCUUAUGUUUUCUGUUUUAUUGUUCAAAUUUUUUUUUUCUUUAGUUGAUACCUGGAGAGACAAGUGCACCACCUCUUCUAACAGAAGCAGAUCUUAUAUCUUUAAUGGAGAAACAUGGAAUCGGUAAUUGAUAUAUCUUCUAACAUACUUUGGUAUUUUACAGCCCAUUGUCUUUAGGGCUUCACCUGGAUUCCUAAACUCCAAAUUUGUUUUAUGUUACCAUUUCUUUAGUUAUAUUUAAAUUUCAUCAAAUUAACAACCCCAUCUUACAAGUGAGGUAUUAUCUGUCACUCUCAUAUCUGGGUGUGGUAUGUGUGUGACUGGAAAAUGAAGCGUCUCGAUUAGUGUGGUAAAUACCAAUGUUUACUUAUGUAACUUCAGGUACUGAUGCGACACAUGCUGACCAUAUUGAAACAGUAAAAUCUCGAAUGUAUGUUGGGCUAAGACCUGAUGGUAGAUUUGUCCCAGGACAGUUGGGUAUGGGACUAGUAGAAGGUAGGAGCUUUUCUCACUCAAAUAUUCUCUUAAUUCAUAAAAAAUAUAUACACCCUGCUUGAUUUUUUUUUUCGUCUUAUUAGUUGCCAUGGACUUUGUAAUUAGCUAAUAUAAAUAACUAUCUUGUAAUUGGUUAAUAUAAAUAACUAUUUUUUUAAAAAUAAAUUUUGUAGUUGUUACCAGUUACAAAUUCCUGCUAAUAUGUAUAGUAAGGUUAAAUUAUUGCAAAUGCUUUCACAUCUUUCUUCAAGUUAUAUAUACCCUUCAUAACUUUCAAUCAAAAGUUAUCCUUUCAUUCAGCAUAUAGAACACUUAGAGGAAAGCAUAUUCUAGAAUGCCUUUCCUAAACUAAAAUUUGUGAUAUUGAUCGAAAUUAGUGAAUCCACUUGUUUUCCUUCAGGUACAUCAUUGCUUCUCUGUAGAACUGUUACUAUUUAUUAUAAUUUAGUGAAUUGCUUUAACAUUAUUUUAAAUUUAGCCUAUUAAAUUUUUAAAUAAUGAUUUCAUAUAGACUUUUUAUUGUCCUAGGUUAUGAUAGCAUGGGUUAUGAAAUGUCUAAGCCACAUCUACGAGCAGAAUUGGAAGCUGACUUAAAAUUGUAAGUACUAAGAAAAUGACACUUUAAAACAAAUUUUUUUGAAACAUUAUUUUUGUUGCUAACUAAAAUUUAAAAAAAAACCUAAAAUCUAAUUUCUAAGUAACUUGUCCCUUAAAAUAUUAGUAAGGUAUUAUUUAUUUCAUUUAUAUGGUCAAAUAUGUUUUCCUUUCUCAGAAUUUGUGAGGGUCGCAAAUCAAAAGAAGGUAUGUGUAUCUCAUAGAUGUCACAAUUAUUAAUAAUCAUACAGUGAGUUUUUUUAGCUUUAACUUACAUAUAAUAUAUAUUUACUAUUGAAAAUAAUACAAUUUAAACAAAUUAAACAAUUAUAUUUUUUCAGAGGUUUUGCAAGUUCAAGUUCAGAAGUACAAAGAAGUUUUUAUAGAAGCUUGUAGACAGGUAUACUCCUGCUUUUAUCAAAACCAUCAGCUGUUGCAAGGUUUCAACUUAGAAACAGAAUAAAAAUCGCACUUCUUUAUGAAGUUCCAUCCACGAAUUUUUAAGGGUGCCAAAUGUUUGUAUUUUGCAACAGGGAGCUAAAAUAUUUCUUAACAGCACUGUCUGCGUUUUAAUUUCCUUAGUUGUGUUUUAGCCUUAUCGCUGAAGAAGCUUUUAUUUUAAUGAGUGAUUGCAAAUCUUUAUAAACAUUUCACAGGCUCAAAAGCUUGAUGAGGCUUUGUCUCAUUAUCUCGGUGAAGCUCAGACUAUCACAUCUGCUAGUGGUAUGUUUUGCUAAAUAUCAUUACCAGUAUUAAUCAUUUCUACAUUAUCAAAAAAAAUCAUAAUUCUUAAUACUAUUAAAUAAAUCCUUCCUAAUCUGUGUUUAAUGUUAAAACUUCAAAAUUCAUGAUCAAAUAAAAUUCAUUUGUCCAUUUAUAUAUUUAUUUAUGCAAAUAGUUUGAAUAGUCAGUGUUAUGCUUAAUUAAAAAAAAAUUUAAUAUAAUUUCUUUAACUCUCAUUAGCAACGUUAUGAAUUGCAUUUAAGUUUAGUUGGUCUGCUUUUACAUGUCAGAUGUGUCACCAUCAGUGGUUAUGCCAUGUCAAAAAUGUGGAAACCCCAUGACACUUCGUUCGAAGAAAGAUGGUAAAGGGUAUGUAUGAAAAGCUUUCUAUUAUUUUUUGUUGCUUUAUAUGCAUGUUUCCUAGACAUUGCUACCAAAAUUAAAAUCUUUAAAUAAUUUGGGAGCAAAGUACACAAAAUCAUUCUUAAUUCCAAGAAAAUAUUUUUUUUUCUAAUACAUUCAAAAAGGGGUGAAUGCUAAAAGCAUUCAAACAUGGCAAUAUACAAAAGAUAACAGUUUUCUUUUUUUUAAAAAUUGAUAAAUUUAUACCUAUAAAAAAUAUGGUAAAUAUUUGAUGAUUUAUAUUUUGGACGUAUCAAUUUAAAUAUCCUUUAAAACAGGUGGGAAAAGCAAAAUUUGCUUAAUUAUAUAUGUACCUAUAAAAUCAUGAAAUAUUAUGACUAUAAAUUAAAUGAAUUAAUAAGCUAUUGAUAUCAUAUUUUAACUAAACUUUUAUGUGAAUUUUGUCGUACCUUUUCAUUAAGAAGCUGAAAAAAAUUUUUAUGAUCCAUUCUUAUACUCGAGGGACAUAUCAACUCUGCCUCUAAAUUUCACAAUAGUUCUCCACAUUUUCAUCUUCCAUCAGCUUCAACUCAGUCAGCCAUUAUUAGUAUUACUUCAAACAUUUUUUUAUAUUAAAAACAAUUUUCUACUGAAAUGUAGGCAGGAAAUUUCAUUAAUGGUGAGCAGUUAGUAAACAAUUAACAUUAUAUAAGAAAGGGCAUAUAUUCAAAUGCUUACUUGCCUCACUGAAAUUUUGACAAACUUUGAAAUUCUGAGAAUGAUUUCUUAUUAUAGAUAAUAUUUACUUUAAAAAUUUCAUUUUGGUGAAACCAAACUGGUCACACCUAAGAGGUCCAUCCUCUACAUCUGUCAGAUGGAGCUAGGAUUUCCCACUAUGGCUUUAAAUAAAAAGUAGAAAUAAUUGUUGUAAGUCAAUUGUUGAAUUGUUUUUAUGGUGUUUCAGUUUUUAUAUUGGCUGCUCAGGAUAUCCAAAUUGUCGUGCAAGCAUUUGGUUGCCAGAUUUUGUACAACAUGUUAAAACUUUAGAUGAAACCUGUCAGGUGGUUAGUAAAACUAUUUACAUCUUCUUAAUCUUUUGUACAAGACUUUUAUUUCUAUUCAGCUUCCAUGUUUUACACAUUAAAAAAAACAACUACACUUUGAGUCGCUUGACAUUAUAUUUUACUAGAUCUAGCUUUAUUUUUUAUAUGCAUAUAUUUUUGUGUAUUUUAAAUUUAAUAGCUUGAAAGCCAUUUAAUACACAUAUUUUGUAAUUUAUCAAAAGAAAACUACUCACAAGUUUUAAUCUUUUUUAUCCAAUUACAUUUCAGUGUGGAACAGGCUCUGUGAAAAAACUUCUUUUCAAGUUUAAACCAGGAAAUGUACCAAUGACAAUGUCUAAUGAGUAAGUUAAUAAUAUUUUAAAUAUAAACAUAUAUAUAUAUAUAUAUUAAUUUUAAAUUGAAUGAACCUGACAAACAUUACUUUUUUUUUUUUAUUUGAGUUCUCAAUUAAAUAUUGAAUUGUUUUUGCAGAUAUGUUGGAUGUGUAGGUGGCUGUGAUGAAAUGUUAAAUGAAACAUUAGGAAUUCGUCCUUUCAUGGGAGGAAAUCAGUGUAUGGGCUUUAUUUUUUUAUAUCAUGUUUAGUUUUUUUCACUAAAGAAUGUCAGAGGUAGGAAACUAAUGUUAAUAAUAAAUGUUUAAAAAAUAUAUAUAUAUAUAUAUAUAUAUAUAUCUUCAUACCAUUAGAAAGUUUCAGUAGCGUUGAUGUGAGAAAAAUAUUUGUAGACUGUUGUUGAAUGUAGCUGAACUAUUAAUCAUGCAAAUAAAACCUAUACCUUUUCAUUUUUUUCUUAAUAUUCUAAGUCAUAGGGUAAAUAAGUAGAGAAGAUAUAUUUUAACCAAAGCAUGUAUAGCGGUCAAACAAGAAAAGCUUUGAAAACUUAAAAAAAAAAUUUUAAGUUAAUCAUGCCUUAGUAGACUUUACUAAUUGCAAACAACAUUGAUUUUAUUUUGUAAAUAAUAUUUACCAGCACAAAAUGACAGCACAGUUAUGCCUCGCACAGAAAUAGUUAAUCACACCCCUAGACAAUCUGAUUCUACUAGUGGAAGGCCUGGCAACUUUGGAUUGAACGGCUCCAAUGCUCGCCAGAGCAGUGCAGUAGGCAAUAAAACCCAAAUAAAACCUAAUCAGUCCAGAAACUAUCAUACCUCUACGCCAACAAUUACCUCUGACAGUUUUGCUGGUGGCUCCAUGAUGCAUCAAGCUUCUUUCCAAGGAACCAACAGAAUUACAGUCACAAACAGGGAUCCCAAAGUUGCCUUGUCUGCCUCUGCCGUCUGUGGGUUUAGAAACCAGCAAACUCCAAACAGUACCAGAACCGGGACCAACAGAAUUCCUUUAUCAACUCUUGACCAGGGCUACAACGACACAAGAAGCAGGCCAUCGUCAGCAACAUCUGCAAAUGUUAAAAGGAACAGCAUCUCCGAAGCAGGCGGUGACAAAACUAUCGUUUGUUCAUGUGGCAGUGAUGCUCUUCUGUUAACUGUGCGAAAAGAAGGACCAAAUACAGGCCGACAGUUUUACAAGUGUCCAGGGCUGAAUGGCAAUAACUGUAAUUUUUUUCUCUGGGCUGAUGAUAGUGUCCCCCUUCAACAACAGAGUGAUAGGUAUGAUUUUAUUUCCAAUAAGUUAGUUUUUAUACUAUUUUGACCUUUGUAUUAUACAUUAUUUUAUUUUUCGCCCCUGAGUUCAACAAUUCAUUUCUUUUAGUUUUUAUAAUUAAUAUAGAAAUGCUUAGGAGCUUUCAUAAUUAUUGAAACUGUUGCUUUCGAACUUACCUUUUACAGUGUCACCAAUUUCAGAGCGCCGAAUCCAAGUAGAGCAAACAGUUUUCAGAGUCCCCAGGUUCAGAACAGAGAAACUAAUGGAUCAAAAAAUAAUUUUUAUAGCAAUGGUGGAGAUGCUGAAGUGCAAUGCAAAUGUGGGCUUCCUGCGAAAGCGUAAGUUUGCUUUCUUAAAGAUUGGUAAUUUUUUUUUUUUAAUUACUUUUAUGGUCAAAUUAUAUGUUGAUAAGUUUACAUCAUAAUUGUACAUACAAAUGUGGGCUUCCUGCAAAAUCAUAAGUUUGCUUUCUUAAAGAUUGGUAAUUGUUUGUUUUUUAAAUAAUUUUUUUAUGGUCAAAUUAUAUGUUGAUAAGUUUGCAUUAUAAUUGCACAUUGUUAAAUUUGAAAUGUUGAUCUUUUCGUUCAAUAUUGUAUGAAUUUUGUUUUCUACAUUUCUGAUUCUCUUGUGUUUUUAAAAAAAAAAAUUCUUCCUGAUUCUGUAUUAUAGUAAAAGAAAAAUAUGAAAAAGAGACUAUACAAUACUAAUAUCAUAUAUUGAUGAUAUUUAAGUAAUUGAACUGACCAAAUCAAUUUUUUCAUUCUCUAGCUUGACAGUUCAGAAGCUAGGCCCAAACACUGGAAGGCCCUUCUAUUCAUGCAGUAAACCACGAGAGCAGUCAUGUAGCUUUUUCCAGUGGGCAGAUGAAAUGGGUGAGUCAACUAAGUUUUUUUCUUCCAGAAUAUUUAAAAAAUUUUAAUAAGGAAUUAUGUUAAGUGACUAGCUGUACCCACCAAAUAAUGGCAGUCGCAAUGCUUGAACUUCUCAUUUACUAAAGAUUUUUUACAAAGUAAUGCACUUAAUAAGAUUCCCAAAAAGUACUAACCCCCACCCCCUUAACACUUUUUCCUGCCCCUGAACUAUAUCAAUUUACUAAUGUCCCACCCCCUUUUACACCACAGAGUUAUUACACCGUAUUUAAAUUGAGUCUAUUUCCAUAAAACAAAAAAAAAUUAGGCAGCAAGCAAAAUUGCAGUAUUUUUAAGAAUCUCCUUUAGCAUCAAUAAUUUUUAUUAGUGAAAUCAGUGCCAUCUGUGUUACAUUGUUACAUAGAGAAUUUUGUGUUUUGAUCUUUAAAAUUUAGUGUGUUCUAAUGUAUAUUGAUUUGAGUUUGCUUUUUUUUUUUUUUUUAAAUGUGCUUAUCCAGUCCUUUUGUUGUGAAAUUUAACCUAGAGUUAAAAGAGUUAAAAAUGUUCAUCCUGUCCAUUAAACAGACCUGUUUACUCUUACGAUUUUGGCAUAUAAUUACGAUUUUGAGGUGUAUACAUUAUGUAUACUUUAUGUUUAUUUUUUAAUAUUAGAAUAAUGUAUUGAACGAUUUUGUGAUGAUAUAGUACGAUUUUAAUUUUAAGAGUUUGGGGGUAAACAGGUCUGGAUUAGAUGAUUUUAAUUUUUUCUUUAAUUGUGUUUUUGUAUUUCUAAAAACAUUUUCUUUUAAAUCUGUAUGUUAAUUUAUUUCAACUGUUUAUAUCUAAAUUUACUUUUCUAAUAUUAAAUAUCAUUAAAUUAUAUUGUGCUUGUCUAGGUUCAAGUGACUCCACAUAUAGAAAUCAAGGAGGGACUAAUUCAUUUAACUCAUUUCAACCUAAGGGAGCUGGGACUGGCAAAAAAAGACCAGCUUCCAGUGAUAAUGAUGGGCCAAAACAAAGAAAACCCCCCACAUGCGGAUACUGUGGCAAGCCAGGUAUUUUCGUUUUUACUUUUGAUACAUUAUUAAACAGUUAUUUUUAAGUUUUAUAUGAUGAUCAUACCUUUUUCAUGUGCUUGUAAGUGCUGUUGUGUACUGCCAUUUCACCCAUCCUUAAAGGCUGUAGAAAUAGCUUUUGGCAUAUGAUUUUUUCCUAUAGUUUUGGAAUUGAUUCUUUUUUUUCAUACUAAAGUUCUCAUUAACUGAAAGUCAAGUUCUUUUUGUGGAUAUUGUUUCCAUGUUUGUUUCAAAGACUAGUUUUACCACUUGUCUGAAGAUUGCUGGUUAUAUCAGUUCUGGAAAUUUGUUUGUUUCUGUUUUUGGGUGUUUUUAUAUUGUCUUUUUCUUCCCAUAUGAUUUGGGGCAUUGAAAUCAAUGCCAUCAUAUUUUGUUUGGUAUAUAUAGAGAUAAAUCAAUUGGUUCAAGUGAAUUUAUGGAGAUACCACAGCUAAUAGGUAUAUGAUGACUUUCAUAGAAAUUUCACAAUGGAAAAUACCAUUUAAUAUCAAUUUUGAUUAGACUCAUGAAGAUUGACAUAUUCUUUUCAGGUCACAAGAAACCUAAAUGUCCUGAAAGAAGUGAUGGAUUUUGAUAAUCGUAACAUCUCAUUGAAAGGUCUUGAACAAUCUGUGAUAAUAUCAUGCUUGAACACUUUAUAGUGCAUUGAUUUUAAAUGCAAAGGCCUUUUUUCUUAUUUUUAUUUCUCAUGGUUUUAAAAUCUAUUUAUAUAAAAACAAAUAUUUUUAUUAAAAACUGUUGUUAAAAUAUUUUAAAACAUCCAAAAUGGAAGAUUUCUGACCUUCAUUCACAUCUUUUUUUAAAAAAGAUAAUUAAUGUAAUGACUUCUCUCCCAUCCCUCAUGUCAUGGUAAAAAAACAACAGAUUUUUAAAUUAGGUUCUGGUUUAAUUGCCACAGUUAGUGUUGGGUCACAUGAGGUGGAGAUGUUAAUCACAGUAUGAGCAACAUAAAUUAUUUGUAUUUAACUUUAAUAAGUGUUGUAGAGUAUGUAAAUUGACAUAUUUUCAAUAAAAAUA